AGAGUACUUCCGCUGUCAAAGGGUGGUUUGUUGCCGUACUUUACUCUGAAAACUGAAAACGAAACUAGGAUCUAGAGUCUAGAUUCUAGUAUCUUGAUUAUUCUUGAUCUAGAUCGAGACGAGCUGACUACUGGACACGGGCGGGAUUCGUGACUGGAUACGGCACGGCCAUGGUUAUUACAUUUUUGACCGUGCAACAACGUCUUGUGAGAGCCAUUGGUUUGUAAAAAUGAAUGAGCAGCACCAGCUAUAGUGUGAGAGAGCCCUCGAUCAGUUUUAGGAUUCCAGUUUGAAAGAAAACGCCGUUGAGAUAAAGAAAAAAAAGCAACGACUGAAAAAUGGGGGAUGACUGUGUAGCGAAGGACACGAGCAAAAAAACGAAAGUGGAAAAUCCUAAACUAAACGAGAACCCUAGAUAUAUGACGUAUCUUCAUCCAGGAUUCAAUUUUGGCGUCUAUGAUCGCAACAAUCUCCCAGGAAUUGACCAACUUUUAACUUUUUUGGUUGAGGCCCGGGCUUAUGGAAUGCACCACAUUAGAGACGAAAAUGGGGAAAAUUUCAUCAACUGGUAUAACGUAGUGAAAGAGGGCACAUCUUUCCUCGGGGCCAUGGAGAUCGAAAUGUCCAGAGGACUGUACCACAGGUCGGUGAGGUCGUCAAACCUGGAGGUCAAGGUCUCCCUCAGGCACGUCGGACGGACGUCUAUGGUCAUGGACGCGCAGCUGUUUUUUCCAGGUGAUGCCAUGCCUGUGGUGACCCAGGUGUACCGAUUGGUUCUCAUAGACACUGCUUCGAGAAAACCCGCCGUUCUACCCAGGUGGUUCCGAGAAAGGUUUGAGGGUAAAGGAACGAUGGAAAAUGUUCCGUUUGUUGUGGAGAAGUUUGAGAGACCGGCGAGAACCUUUGUGCACUCUGUUGAGGUUUUUUGGCUGGACACGGAUUGCAACAACCACACGAACUUCACCAUCUAUCCAAAGUUUGCCUUGUACGCCUUGCACCAUGCCCUUUUUCUGAAGUCCAAGUCUUCAGGAGACAGACACAACAAGGGAGACGAAAGCAGUUUCCGAUUCUCCGAGUCCCAGCGAAAUUUGUUGGGUAGUGAUUUGUCAGCUGUUGAUGGGAUGUCUGAGGAAAUCGUUAAAUGGGGGCUGAAAAAUGUUAAAAUUAACUUUAUCAACGAGUGCAAGCAAGGAGAUACUGUGCUCACUCAUAUCUGGACGCCCGACAAGGACAAGUUUCUGAUAAAGUGUUCGAUAGAGAAGCCAGACGGAACUCGUUUGUGCCAGAUUGUUCUGGAAUAUUUCGGACCAAGCUCACGUUUGUAGUAAAGGUCACCGGCAUCUAUGGUGUAGUGGUUAGGCUCUUCGCUGUUGCUAGCAGGAGACCUGAGUUCAAUUCCUGAACGAGGAAAAUAUUGCAUACAACGAACUCUUAUAUGGUCGCCUUUAAGGACAAGCGGGCUAACCCAGAUUUCGGGGGUUUCCAGAAAUCUUCACCCACACCAAAAUUAUGCUUUGCCCUGCCUAUAGGAGAAGUUUGGUUUCAUUGCUGUGUAUAUUUGUUUGACUAUAGAGAAAACUUUCCUAGUCUU